AUGACGUUCGAUCGAGGGGCACCCGACGGCGCGCCCGAGGAUGCGGAGUCUCCACGCUUGGUGAAUGUGGAUCAGGUACCUUCCGUGCGCCCUGCUGCGCCGGUGCCUGUUGUUCCUCCACAAGGCGACCGCUACGAGGAGCGUCGCUCGGACCUCCGCAACGUCCCCUCGGACGCCUAUGACUCGUCUGACACAGAGCUGGGGGCUCAAUUGGGCCCCGUCCCCGAGUCUCAGGUGCAUUUCCCACCACCCGUGGGCCUUCAUCGGCAGGCUCGCCAGGCCCCACAAGCGCGGCCUGUGCCCUUGGACCCGUACUACCGGGCGAAUGACCGCCGCUACGACCAUGAGGGUGAGCGUGAGCCGCGUGAGCCUCGUGAGCGGCUCGAGCCGCGUGAGCCGCGUGAACCGCGUGAGCGGAGGGUCUUCAUGGGGGACGAGUUCGUCAAAGAGAACUUGCCGCCACUCAUGGAGAAUGAGCUGGAGUUUUACAUCAAGGACGCGAACAAGUACUCCUAUACCAAUUCGGUGAGAUCGGAGCCCAAGACCGUUGGCAACUUCCGCUUCAGGUUGUUGAUAUUUCCUGGCGGCACGCAAACGACUGGAGGGCAACAGGUCUCGGCCUUUGUUGAAGCCUUUCCGUUGGAAGGGCUCGAUCCGAGGUGGUGCUUCCAUGCAGUGAAGUAUCAGAUCACGUUGGUGAAUUGGUUGAACUACCGGAAUAGCGUCACCAAGACCGAUACCUGGUCUUUCUCCAAAGAUGGAAUCGACCGUGGUUGGCACGAUAUGGUCCGUGUUUCAGAGCUGGUUCCAGAGACUGGAUGGGUUGGCCCUGAGUGCACCUUGUACUUUCGUGCCUCAUGUUACGUGCGGUCGGCAGAUCAGUUGAAUCUCUCCAAUGAGUACAACUGCAAGAAGGAGACGGGCUUCACUGGCCUGAAGAAUCACGGCGCCACCUGUUACAUGAACGGUUUGCUUCAGAGCCUGUUUCAUGUGGGUGACUUCAGACGGAUCGUGUAUUCGAUUGAAGGAGACGAGGAGAGCCAGGAGGAUGGUCAUGAGGAUGACGAAGGGAAGCCUCCACAGCUGAUUCAGGCGUUGCAAAACGUCUUCUACAAGCUUCAGACCUCCGACCAGGCCGUGAACUGCCGGGAACUCAUGAAGUCUUUUGGCUGGGACACCACGGAUGCCUUCACUCAGCACGAUGCACAGGAGCUGAAUCGGAUUCUUUGCGACCGGCUGGAGGAGCGCAUGAAGAAUACACCUUCCGAUGGGUCCAUCAAGAGGCUCUUCGAAGGCGAGAUGGAAAACUACAUCGAGUGCAUCGAUGUGGAUUACUCGUCCCGGCGGAAUGAGACCUUCUACGACAUCCAGCUCAACAUCAAGAGCGAGCGAGGGCAGGAGCUGCAGACCAUUGUCGAGUCACUCCAUGACUUCACCGCUGAGGAGACCCUAGAAGGAGACAAUGCCUAUGAGGCAGAGGGCCAUGGCAAGCAGAGAGCCAAGAAAGGAAUCCGAUUUUUAAGGUUUCCGCCCGUGCUGAAUUUGCAGCUGAAGCGCUUUCACUUUGACCUGGAAAAGAUGGACAUGGUGAAGUUGAACUCACGCUUCGAAUUCCCACGGAAGCUGGACUUGAGCCAAUUUGCACCCGAGGGAGGCAAAUACGACCUCUUCGCGGUGGUGGUCCACAAUGGGGAUGUCAACAGUGGGCACUACUACGCGCACAUCCAGCCGGAUCCAGAGAGAGGGUGGUUCAAGUUCGAUGACGAGACCGUCACGCCCUGCAGCGAGUAUGCGGCGAUUGAAGACAACUAUGGAGGCAACGACUUAGCUGUGUGGAACUACUUCGACCGAAGUCCGACCGAGCUGCGGAAUGCUGCUCCGGCGACAAGAUCGCGAAGCCACAAUGCGUACAUGUUGAUGUACAUCCGUGAGGACCUGCGGAGCGAGAUCUUGCGCCCGCCCGACCCCAAGGAGGUGAACCCGCGGAUGGUGGAGCGAUGUGACCGCGACGUCAUGGUGCAAGAGCAAAAGCGCCGCGAGAAGGUGGAGCAGCAGACGAAGAUCAAGAUCAAGCUGGUCUUUGAGUCCAACCUCUGCAGCAUGUCCGGCUUCUGGGACCACGCGCAAAUCCCGUGGGAACAAAGCUACAAGAUGGGCAGGGACCACUUGGUCAAGGACUUCAUAGAACAGCUGAGUGUUGAUGCCCAAGUGGAUCAGAAUCACAUCGCGCUCUUUGUCCUUCAGUACCGGACCUCGCCCCGGCAGAUUCGAUUCGGCUUUAUGCAGCCGAACAGCCUUUUUAAGAGCUACAUUCCCCAGUAUGGUGGGCAGCCGCACUUCGACGUGCAGGAUCCGAGCCUCACGGUCUUGAUGAUUCUCUCACGGGGAUACAACUUGCAGACCUUGAAGUGGGAGCGCGAGGAGGAAAGCAUGGCCGACAACCUCUUAAUGUGGGAGGACGACAAGGCAACCAUGCUGGUGGUGAAGUACUUCUGUGUGGAAACCAGAAGGAUCGUCACUCUCGGCUGCUACUACAUGUCCAACUCCGAACUGCUGAUCAAAAUGGUCGAAGGGGGUUGGGUUGGAGAGCGUCUUCAACCCUUCAUGGACAAGAACGAGGUGGCUGUGAUUGAUCCCAGCGAGUGCACCUGGGACUGCUGGGAGGAGUUUAGUGAACGAGAAAUGCAGUCGAGAGGUGUGAAGAGGGGGGUGAAGCACGAGCAACUCUAUUCUGGCGACAUUCUCAUUUGGCAAGUCACCCGACCUGCUGAACAAGAGGUGCCGUCGGAGGAGGGCAUCGCCCCCGUGUAUCCCAUUCACACUGUGGCCGACCUAUGUGCCAACCAGGUUUUGUGCGCGGCUGCUGCGCUGGUAGCAGUGUACAACUUCUGCAACAGCUGGAGUUUUGUGCCUGGGCCAUUGAGGAAGCACGCGCCUGUGGCUGCUGCAUCGGCGGCGGGCGUGAUGAUGGCUCCAGCGGCCUUUGCCGAUGAGAUCGGCGAUGCCGCUAAGAAGCUGGGUGACGCUUCCUAUGCCUUCGCCAAGGAAGUCGAUUGGAACAACGGCAUUUUCUUGCAGGCCCCAGGCAAGUUUCAGCCCCUGAAAGCUCUGAAGGCGAUUGAUAAGAUGAUCGACAUGGGGGCGGCAGCAGACCCCAAGCUUCUGAAGGCAGCAGCAGAGGCCCAUCACAAGGCCAUCGGAAGCAUCUCGGGACCCAAUGGUGUGACCUCCCGCGCAGAUUGGGAUGCGGUGAACGCCGCUUUGGGCCGUGUCGUGGCGUCUGUCCCCAAGGCAAAGGUCAUGGACGUCUACAAUUCUGUGAAGGACAUCACUGACCCCGGUGUUCCUGCAUACAUGAAGUCUUUGGUCAAUGGUGCGGACGCCGAGGCGGCCUACAAGGGCUUUUUGGAGUUCAAGGAUGUGGUGGAAAAGAACCAAGUGACCGCAGCCAGUGCUCCUGCCUCCGUGCCCACUGGAGACAAGAUUGGCGUGGCUGCAAAGGCCCUUUCGGAUGCAUCCUACCCUUUCUUGAAAGAGGUGGACUGGCUGUCUGACGUUUACCUGAAGCCGUUGCCAGACACCACAGCCCCCAAGGUGAUGAAGGCCAUCGACAAGAUGAUCGUCAUGGGCAGCCAAAUGGACGGAAACUUGUUGAAGGCUGCUGCGGCCGCCCACCACAAGGCCAUUGGCAGCAUCGACGCUAAGGGAGUGACCUCUGCCGCCGACUACGAGGCCGUGAAUGCCGCCAUCGGACGCAUCGUCGCUUCGGUGCCAAAGGCGACGGUGAUGGAUGUGUACAACUCCAUGGCUGCAGUGGUAGAUGGAUCCGUUCCCACCAACAUGUUCUCCAAGGUGAAUCCUCUGGAUGCCGUCGCCGCUGCAAAGGGCUUCUACACCUUCAAGGAUGUGGUUGAAGCAGCGCAGCGCUGA